CGUGCCUCAUUGGUAUGCGCACAGCGCAUGCGCGGGGCGGGAGCGAGCGAAAUUCAAGCUCCCGCCGAGAUACGUUGAACAACCCGGUCAUGGAGCCGUCCCGUGGAUUUGCGGAAGCCGAAGCCUUGAGCCCGGAGCAGGCUGCUCGUUACUUGAGAUAUGUGAAAGAAGCCAAAGAAGCAACUAAGAAUGGAGAUCUGGAAGAAGCAUUUAAACUUUUCAAUUUGGCAAAGGACAUUUUUCCCAAUGAAAAGGUAAUGAGCAGAAUCCAAAAAAUACAGGAAGCCUUGGAGGAAUUGGCAGAAAACGGAGAUGAUGAAUUUACAGAUGUGUGCAACUCGGGCCUGCUGCUCUAUCGAGACCUGCACAACCAACUCUUUGAGCAUCAGAAGGAAGGCAUAGCUUUCCUCUAUAGCCUAUACAGAGAAGGAAGAAAAGGUGGUAUUUUGGCGGAUGAUAUGGGAUUAGGGAAGACUGUUCAGAUCAUUGCUUUCCUUUCUGGUAUGUUUGAUGCUUCACUUGUGAAUCAUGUGCUGCUGAUCAUGCCAACCAAUCUUAUUAGCACAUGGGUAAAAGAAUUUGUCAAGUGGACUCCAGGAAUGAGAGUCAAAACCUUCCAUGGUCCUAGCAAGGAUGAACGUACCAGAAACCUCAAUCGGAUUCAACAAAGGAAUGGCGUCAUUAUCACUACGUACCAAAUGUUAAUCAAUAAUUGGCAGCAACUUUCAAGCUUUAAUGGCAAAGAGUUUAUGUGGGACUAUGUUAUCCUUGAUGAAGCACAUAAAAUUAAAACCUCAUCUACUAAGUCAGCAACAUGUGCUCGUGCUAUCCCUGCAAGGAAUCGCCUCCUCCUCACAGGGACCCCAAUCCAGAAUAAUUUACAAGAACUAUGGUCCCUAUUUGAUUUUGCUUGUCAGGGGUCCCUGCUAGGAACAUUAAAAACUUUUAAAAUGGAGUAUGAAACUCCUAUUACUAGAGCAAGAGAAAAAGAUGCCACCCCAGGGGAAAAAGCCUUGGGAUUCAAAAUAUCUGAAAACUUAAUGACAAUCAUAAAACCCUAUUUCCUCAGGAGGACAAAAGAAGAAGUACAGAAGAAAAAGUCAAGCAAUCCAGAGAUCAGACUUUCUGAAGAGACUCCAGGUGUUGAUGCCAUUUGUGAAAUGCCUUCCCUUUCCAGGAAAAAUGAUUUAAUUAUUUGGAUACGUCUUGUGCCUUUACAAGAAGAAAUAUAUAGGAAAUUUGUGUCUUUAGAUCAUAUCAAGGAGCUGUUAAUGGAGACACGCUCCCCUUUGGCUGAACUAGGUGUCUUAAAGAAGCUAUGUGAUCAUCCUAGGCUGCUGUCUACACGGGCUUGUCAUUUGCUGAAUCUAGGGACUGUCAAAUUCUCUGCUCAAGAUGGAAUUGAGGAGGAAGAUUCCUCAGGUGUGGACCCUAUUGAUCAAAUACCUGAUGAUACAUUGAUGGGAGAAUCUGGAAAAAUGAUAUUCCUAAUGGACCUGCUGAAGAGACUGCGAGAUGAGGGACAUCAAACUCUCGUGUUUUCCCAAUCGAGACAAAUUCUAAACAUCAUUGAACGCCUCUUAAAGAACAGGCACUUUAAGCUAUUGCGAAUUGAUGGAACAAUUACUCAUCUUUUGGAACGAGAAAAAAGAAUUAACUUAUUCCAGCAAAACAAAGAUUAUUCUGUUUUUCUGCUUACCACUCAAAUAGGUGGUGUUGGCUUAACAUUAACUGCUGCAACAAGAGUGGUCAUUUUUGAUCCGAGCUGGAAUCCUGCAACUGAUGCUCAAGCCGUGGAUAGAGUUUACCGAAUUGGACAAAAAGAAAAUGUUGUGGUUUAUAGGCUAAUCACUUGUGGGACUGUGGAGGAAAAAAUAUACAGAAGACAGGUUUUCAAAGACUCAUUAAUAAGACAAACUACAGGUGAUAAGAAGAACCCUUUCCGAUAUUUUACUAAACAAGAAUUGAGGGAGCUGUUUACAAUCGAGGAUCUUCAGAACUCUGUAACCCAGCUGCAGCUUCAGACCCUGCAUGCUGCUCAGAGGAGAUCUGAUAAGAACCUAGAUGAACAUAUUGCCUACCUGCACUCUCUGGGGAUAGCUGGAAUCUCAGACCAUGAUCUGAUAUAUACACGUGAUCUGUCUGUUAAAGAAGAGCUUGAUGUGAUAGAAGAAUCUCACUAUAUUCAACAAAGGGUUCAGAAAGCUCAAUUCCUUGUUGAAUUAGAGUCUCAAAAUUCAACAGAGAGACAAAGAACUGGAUAUGAGGAAACCUGGCAAAGAGCAAUUGCAUUUCCUUCUCAAACAAAGAAGAAACUGAAUAAAGAAGUGAGUAAGCCACAAUCUCGGCCUUCACCUUUUAUAACUACUCAUUAUACCCAGGAAGAAGAUAUCAGUUAUCAAAUGGCAAGUGUAACCAUUGACGAUCCACCUGAAGAGAGUGAGAAACAAGAUCUUUCCAGCAUAAUGAUGAACAUUACUGUGCAGCAAGAUGGUAGGGAUCCACAUGAAAGUGCAUUUGAUGCUGACUCUGUAACUACUUCAUCCAAGGGGUCUGGAAGUGUAGAAGAAGUUUGGACUGACUCUUUAUUGGGAAUGGCAAAAGGCUUUGCAACUGAAAAUGAGGCUGUACAAAAGGAAGCAUUACAAGAGGGGCCUAAGCAGGAGACACUGCCAGAAAACCCCCUGGGAAGUUCUGCUUAUUUACUUAGCAAAGCGGAUCUUGGGCCAAAUGUAGAUCUUCUACAGGAUGAUGAGAUUUUACACCACUGCGGUGCCGGCUCCAUUACUCCUAUAAGAAAUGAAAAUCAAAACACAAGAUCGAAUACAUCUGCUGUUGAAAUAGCUGAUGACUUGUCAGCAUCCCAUAGUGCGCCGCAAGAUGCUCAAGCAAGUGAGGCCAAGUUGGAAGAGGAACCUUUAGCCUCUUCACCACAGUAUGCAUGUGACUUCAAUCUUUUCUUGGAAGACUCUGCAGACAAUAGAGAAAGUCCUUCUGGUCAGUCUCUGGAGCUCGUUGAGCAAGAAAAUAGCUUGUGUGGCUUUGCAGCCCAUUCCAGAGCAGAGUCUGUGCGUAGCAAAGAGUGCGUCACUUUGGAUUUUUCUGAGAAAGAUAAUGAACCAGAAGAAGUUGUAGUUAAUGUUAAAACCAGAAGUAAAGCUAGAAGAAUUGUUUCAGAUGAUGAAGAGGAGGAGGAGGAUUCUUGUAAAGGUACUUGGAGCCCAAGUCCAUUCAGCACAUCUCCGUUUCAGUUCUCAUCUGUGAAACAGUUUGACGCUUCAACUCCCAAAAAUGACGUCAGUCUACCUGGGAAUUUCUUUUCACCUAAAGGACCUGAUAGUGAAAACAAGUCUAUAAACCCUAGGAGGUCUCUGGCGUCUAGGAGGUCUCUUGUUAAUGUGGUUUUAGACUAUGUGGAAGAUAUGGAGGAAAGGCUUGGCAACAGCGGUGAAGCAAAGGUUGCUGAAGAAGAUCCUGAAGAAGGAGCAGAGGAAAGCAGUGACGAAGCCUCAGCGUGUACGGAAGAGGAUCCCUCCGGAGAAAUGCUGUCUUCAGAAAGCAAGCCCAGCCGGCUAAGUGCGUCUAAGCUUAGUGCUUCAGCUCUAGCGACCUCUCCUGGCGACCCUGAGCCUUUGUCAGGUGAACAGGUGGUUGUCUCAGCGUGUACGGAAGAGGAUCCCUCCGGAGAAAUGCUGUCUUCAGAGAGCAAGUCCAGCCGGCUAAGUGCGUCUAAGCUUAGUGCUUCAGCUCUAGCGACCUCUCCUGGCGACCCUGAGCCUUUGUCAGGUGAACAGGUGGUUGUCUCAGCGUGUACGGAAGAGGAUCCCUCCGGAGAAACGCUGUCUUCAGAGAGCAAGUCCAGCCGGCUAAGUGCGUCUAAGCUUAGUGCUUCAGCUCUAGCGACCUCUCCUGGCGACCCUGAGCCUUUGUCAGGUGAACAGGUGGUUGCUUCUCCCCAGGAUAAGGCAGCCGAGGCUGCAGAUGACUAUGAGACUCUGGUAAUGCGUGGAAAAGAACUGAAGGAGUGUGGGAAAAUACAGGAGGCCUUAAACUGCCUUGUUAAAGCACUUGACAUAAAAAGCGCAGAUCCCGAAGUCAUGCUCAUGACUUUAAAUCUGUAUAAGCAACUUAAUAACACUUGAGUAUGUAACCUGUUUAUUGUAUUUUAAAGUGAAAUUGUAUGAGGGUAAUUUUUUAUUUCAUAAAUGGAAUCUUUGGUAGCAUGAAACAUCCAGGCUUAAGGCCAGAAAGAUCUCAAAAAACAACUUCUGUCUACCACUCCUCCCUCCUACUUCUGCCGCCUUCCACUUCCCACAAUACAUAUUUCCUGGUUUUCUGAGCACUAGGUUAAUAUUUUGUCAGUUGAAUAGUCUUAUAGUUUUCUUUUAGGCAUACUCUGUAAACUUAAUUUUUUUAAAGUUUUGUUUUAAAUUAACACUUCCUAAGGGAAUUCUCUCAAAAUUAUUCUAAAUUUUAAUGAUUAAUGUUGUAUAGCAUAGUUCAGAUAAGAAAAUUAAAGUAACUUUUCUCAAGGGUUUUCUUCUUUUACUUUCUUUCACUGAGAUGAUGGGGAAGCUGGAAUUAUUCCAAGUUCUUGCCUCUGCAUGAGAGAGUUCAAAGCAGAGACAUGAAGUACAAGGAUGGGAGCAGGAUUUAUUUAGAGAUAGAGAAUACAUAUCCAGAAGUGAAUGCAGGCAGCCUCAUGAGGAGAUGCGUGCCAUAAGGAGAAUUGCAUGCACUCCAGUUUAGUUACCCCCUUUAUGAGUAGGAGAUGGUGGACUACUUGAAUAUACAAAUAGGGUGGAGUUUGGGAAGGAUUCAGUUCUCCUGAUGAUCUCUGGGAAGAAUUUAUGGCUUCUUGCAUGUGGACCUCAGUGUACACGUAUUCAUCAUGGCGUCUUCAUGGAGGAGGCUUAUGUGCAUCAAGGGAAAGUGGCUCUGCUGAACUGGCAUGUAAAGGGAUGGAGUUAGGGGUGCGGGCUUGGAACACAGACUGCUAAAAACCCCCAGCUCCUUCGUUCCUCACCAACUCCCUGCCCAGCCCACAUCAAUGUUACUGGCAAACUCAUAUGCAAACUCCUUAGUUUACACCGAGCUUGUCAUUAGUAUUCCAAAUCUAAGUUGCUUACUGGCAUACUCUUUUAUGCUUUCAAUUGACUGUGGUACAAGGCUGGGAUAAGGUGCCUGGUGCUAAGGUUCUUUAUCACUGUUAGCCUCUCUGGAGUAAUUUUCCUGACCGUUUAGCCGUUCUUUACUCAACUGUGUUCUCGUUUUCUCCUUGAUUACUUUGACGUAUGCUUGGUUAUAGGCUUGAAAGAAUUUGAUUCCCUCUCGGAAACAUUAAGUGCAAUAUAACAUUCUUCACAUUGUCACCAGAGAAGAGACUAUGCGGAGUCUUCAAAAAGAUCAUGGAAAAAAUACUGUGAAAAAAUGCACUGAAAUAAACCUCUUAAUUUUGGUUUCCACGAA